AUGUCGGCGUCACGCGGUUCUGGCCGGCUACCCACUGGAUUUGCGGCCGAGACCUUCAUCAGCGAUUCUACGUUUCGCCAGGCGCACCGCGCUGUCGACGGAGGCUCCGGCACCAACUCCAAGAAGCGAAAGAGAGAGAGCAAGGGUGAUAGCAGUAUCGUAUCCGGCGCGGGGGCAUACAAGGGGCCGUGGGCAAAGUAUGAGCAGGUACGGCCGGAUGCUGCUUCAGACGAGGAGUAUGGCGAGGACGUAGAGGUGGAGAUAGUGUACGAGGAGGACGAGAUAGCACCGAUACCCGAGGCGCCGAAGAAGCUGGCGGGGACGGAUUAUCGCGAUACGGAUGCCGAGGGGGAGACGAGUGAGUUUGUGGGGAGUCAAGAGUUUGACUAUCAGGGGAGGACGUAUAUGCAUGUUCCGAAUGACCUUGAUAUCAAACUGACGGGCGAGCGCGGCGACAUCAAGAACUACCAUCCGAAGAAGCUGAUACACACAUUCAAGUACCACCAAAAGGCCAUAACGCAAGUACGAUUCUUCCCCAACAGUGGCCAUCUACUCCUGUCGGCCUCUGCAGACUCUAAGAUUGCCAUCUGGGACGUUUAUCACCAGCGGGAGCUGCUAAGGACAUACUCGGGUCACACUAAGUCGGUCAACGACAUCGACUUCAACCCGGGCGGGACGCAGUUCAUCUCUGCAAGUUAUGACCGGUACAUGAAGCUGUGGGACACGGAGACUGGGAAGUGCCUGAACAAGUUCACAACGGGGAAGACGCCGCACGUUGUGCGCAUCAACCCGAGCAUACCGCAUGAGUUCCUGGCGGGGAUGAGUGACAAGAAGAUUCUUCAGUACGACACAAGGAGCGGAGAGAUGGUGCAGGAAUACGAUCACCACUUGGGACCUGUCAACACCAUCACCUUCUGCGAUGAGAACCGCCGUUUUGUCACGACGUCGGACGACAAGUCGCUGCGGGCGUGGGAGUAUGGCAUCCCCGUACCGAUCAAGUUCAUUGCCGAGCCGUACAUGUUCUCCAUGGUGCGAUCGUCGCCACACCCGUCGGGCAAGUACAUUGCAUUCCAGUCGUCGGACAACCAGAUAGUGGUGUACUCGUCGACGGACCGGUUCCGGCAGAACCGCAAGAAGAGCUACCGGGGCCACAACGUGGCGGGGUACGCGCCGGACGUGGCCAUCAGUCCCGACGGGCAGAUUGUUAGUUCUGGGGACAGCGGGGGCUAUGUGUGCUUCUGGGACUGGAAGACGUGCAAGAUGUGGCACAAGAUCAAGGCUGGGGAUUCGCCGGUGCUGGCGGUGCAGUGGCACCCGAGGGAGACGUCCAAGGUGAUUACAGGCGAUGGGGAGGGGCGGUUGCAGUAUUGGGAUUGA